AUGUGCUGCCUUGGUUUGAUCACACUAUAUGCUCUGCGUGUGAAUAUGAGUGUAGCUAUAGUGUGUAUGGUCAACCAUACCGCCGUGGGUCUGAUGGACGUGAAUACUACAGCAGAUGAACCCAAUAACAAGGACUCGUCGACUUGUGAUGGUCAGUUGACCCCUGAAAACUCAACCACGGAUACGGAAGAUGGACCGUUUGCCUGGUCAAAAGAAGAACAAGGAUUCAUAUUGAGUGGUUAUUUCUGGGGAUAUAUAGUUACCCAGAUUCCUGGAGGAUGGCUAUCCACUAGAUUUGGCGGGAAACGGGUGUUCGGUUGGUUUAUGUUGGUGGGGAUUAUAGCCAAUCUUCUCAUCCCGGUGGCUGCUCAACAGGGGUUUUACUACUUAAUGGCGUUAAGAAUCAUAAUUGGUCUUAGCCAGGGAGUUGGCUUCCCAGCAGUUCAAACAGUUCUAGCACACUGGACAAUCCCGGCAGAGGUUAGCAUACUCUGUUCAUUUGCUAUGGCGGGAGCACAAGCUGGUAAUGUGAUAACGUUCCCUAUAGCGGGUUUAUUGUGUCAAUAUGGUUUUAAUGGUGGUUGGCCGAGUAUCUUCUACGUACUAGGUGCGUGUGGUUUCAUUUGGUUUCUAGCAUGGAUGAUUUUAAUACACGAUUCACCAGAACAGCAUCCCAGAAUAUCAGAAAAAGAGAAGAAAUACAUCACUAGUUGUUUAUCAGGCAAAAUCUCAAAUAACCAGAUGAAGCGUUCUAUACCGUGGUUAUCCAUCUUAACGAGUAAAGCUGUCUGGGCGAUCAUCAUAGCCCAUUCAUUAUCUAACUGGGGAACAGAUGUCUUCAUAACCAUGAUACCAACUUACAUGAAAGAUGUUCUCAAGUUUAAUAUUAAAAACAAUGGCGUUCUGUCAGCUUUACCUUAUAUAGGAUUAUGGGUGUGUAUGCUUUUGGCCAGUAAUUUGGCAGAUUUUGUAAGGAAAAGAAACCUACUAUCUCCGACAGUUACCAGGAAAGUUUUUAACACGACAGGUGAAAUAAUCCCUGCCGGUUUAAUGAUAGGAACCGGAUUUAUGGGUUGUAAUCAAUCGACGUAUGCCGUGGCGUUGUUGACAUUGGGAGUCACAAUGACAGGUUUCCAAAAUGGUGGAGGGUUUCUGGUGAACUUUAACGACAUCGCACCACAAUAUGCUGGAAUUAUUUUUGGAAUUUCUAACACCUUGGCAACAAUACCAGGAAUAAUAGCACCAACAGUUGUUGACGCUAUUACACCACACGGAACCCAGGCCGAGUGGCAGAUAGUAUUUUAUAUAACAGCGGGUAUAUACGUUGGUGGAGCUAUCAUCUAUUUGUUAAUGGGUAGUGGAGAAAUACAGAAAUGGGCCGUUAGUAAAAAAGAAAAUAUCGAAUUAUACGUCGUGAAUACAACAAACACCCUGAACUAUUCUAGUGAAAAAACAAAACUCUAAAUUCUAAUUUUACGUCGUGAAAACAUCAGGCACCCUGAGCUAUUUUCUUGAGAAAAUACAAAACUCUAGAUUCUAAUUUUACAUCUUGGAAACAACACCCUGGACUAUUCUAGUGAAAAUUCAAAACUCUAGAUUAUAAUAAACUACAGUU